AAUAAAAGAAAAAGGGGGAAAAUAGAAAAGGGGGAGAGCGAUGGAAAUGGUGAUGCGACGAUGUUGGGCUUUGUUUAUAAGCACGACGAACAAGGCCAGAGAGAGAGAGAGAGAGAGAGAGAGAGACGAGGUCUCAUUCAUCAUCAUCAUCUUCUACAUUAUUCCGUGAAUGAUCGCCGAUUUUGGAUUUCGUUUCUAUUCCUUCCAUCACUGCGUGCGUACGAUCAUCCAUUCUUUUGAUUUUACCAUUAUAUUAAGAUGAUGAUCAGAGAUUGCUCUUCACUUUUAUUUGAUGUUUUGCUUCUUCCAAACUUUUUUUUGUUUGUGAGCUGAAAGAGGCUUGUUGUGUGUUGGUUUGUUUUGAAGAAUCUGUGAUUGUGUUGUUCCAAUACACCUCUGUGCUUAGUGAUCAAUGUCUCUCUAGGUGCUUCUCAAUUAUACCAUCUCUUGUGUUUAUCUGCUUCAGGCUUAAAGAAACAUUUGACAAUGGUUAUGCUUCUAUCGGAGAGUGUGACAGCUAUCAACUCCAUAGUCUCUAUCUAUCCUCAAUAUAUAUAUAUAUACCAGGAAUCAUUUCUCACAUAAGUUCUACGUGUCUGAUCUAAGUCGCUUGUGGAUGCGGAUUGACUGAUUCUUAGUUCUAAGGUCCUUUGAGCAUUGGUUAUGGGUGUUCCACAGACUGUUACAGAUGAGGAAGCUCUUGAAGCUUUGUCCUCUGCUUCAAGUUGCAGUUUUUCUCAAAGUGUGCCUGUAAGCGCCAUUCUCCAUGAUUCAGACCUUGUUAACAGAGGUAGUGAGGGAAGCCUCUGCUCCUCCGUGGAUAACGUUCAUUGGAGUCGAAAUGAAGUUAGAAGGAUAGUUGGUUUCAAAUCAAAUGAAACUAGCUCACCGAGUAAUGAACUUGUUAGCGGACCGCGUGAAGUUGAUAUUACUGGUGGGUCGUCGUUAGUCAGGAAACGAGUAAGCUCUCCUCUCAAAACUCUUUUCCCUGAGAAAUUUAGAGGCGACCAGAUGGAUAUCAGCUGCAGCAACCAACAUUUGACUUCUACUGGUCUUUCUAAUGCACAAAAUCACAAGAAGGCCAAUAUCUCUGGGAGGUUACAUCUCUCCUCCUCACACAGGAGUAGUAAACUUUCAUCUAUGGUUUUCACGGAUGGUCCAUUGCUCGACGACUCCAGUGAUCUUCAUCCCACAAAGGGUGACGCUUGCUUAGUACCCGCUAAGCCCUUACCAUGCCAUAUGAAUAUUAUAUCUGUAUCUCCUACACGCUCUCUGUCACCUCUUGGCCCCAGAUUUUCCGAGAGAAUGAAAGCUCUACAAAAUGGGAACAUUUUUGACGAUGGUGUUUGUUUAAGGAAUACCGGUGAAGAAGCUGAAUACAGGACUGGUCAUCGUAGUUUGUCUGAUGAUGCUAAUACUAUCCAGAGAAAGUUUUCAAUGGAGAGAGGUAUUGAAUCAGUUGCUAAUACAUCUCCAUGUAAAAGGUUCGGUAGAAGCUUGAGUGGACGUACCAUUCAAAGAUCAUUGAUUGGUUCUUUUGAAGAGUCACUCUUGUCAGGAAGAUAUUCAUAUGGGCAAACUAAUCAUAUCGAUGGGUUUCUUGCCAUCCUUAGUAUUGCUGGUGGAAACAUCUCUCCAAAAGCACAGAAGCUUCCAUUCUCAGUAACAAGUGUUGGUGAUGAUUGCUUCUUGUUAUACUAUGCCUCCAUUGAUCUCUCUGGUGGAUCUUCGUCAAAUAAAUUGUGGGCACAGAAAUUGGAAAAGAAUCAAAACAGCUCUGAUUCUCAGACCACUAGCAGCCGGUUGCGGAUCCCUAUGAAGGGUCGGAUUCAACUGGUUCUGAGUAACCCAGAAAAGACACCUCUUCACACUUUCCUCUGUGACUAUGACUUAACUGAUAUGCCACACGGUACAAAGACUUUCCUGCGGCAAAAGGUUACCCUGGCCUCUUCUGUUCCGACAAAAGCCAAAUCUGAUUCAGUUGAUGAGUUCCAUUCGCUAAGUGAGUGUGAGAACACGAAGUGUCGUCAGACUUACAGAGAAACAGGACAAUGCUGUUCAAAGUCUGGAGUCUUACGCUACGCUCUUCAUCUUAAAUUUCUUUGCCCUUUACGCAAGAAAUCUUCAAAAUUAGGUCAAAAGAAAAGCCUGAAUGAUGAAGAGAGGAGAUUCUAUUUAUACAACGAUUUGAGAGUCGUGUUUCCUCAACGGCACACCGAUUCCGAUGAAGGAAAGUUGAAUGUGGAGUAUCAUUACCCAGAAAAUCCAAGAUACUUCGACGUAACCAAUUGAAACUCUUUUUGUUUGAAGGACAAACUUUACAAAAUUUUGCACAUAGAUUUCUUGCGAGUCACGGCACCAUCGUCUCCCUCCUCCUCAAGGUUGUACUUCCAAAGUUUCGGCAGAAACGAGCGGCUAAUGGAUGCUUCACAUAUAUUUUACGAUCUAAGUUCAUGAAAACAUAUCAUGUUCAAAUUAUUUUUGUUUAUCUUUUAAUACUAUCUUUUAAUUAGGUAAACCUUUUCAGCAUUUAUGAAAUAUUAAAAUACUAGAAGUAAC